AUGGCCAAACGAGCAGCUUACUUUUUUCUCCUCUCAUGUGUCUCUAUCUUGCUAUUGAGUCCAGUCUCGGCAGUCACAGAUGAUCCUCGAGAUAAACAAGUGUAUGUUGUCUACAUGGGUUCACUUCCCUCUCGACCGGGGUACACACCAUUGUCGAAUCACAUAAAUGUUCUUCAAGAAGUCACUGGAGAAAGUUCGAUCGAAGGUCGUUUGGUGAGAAGUUACAAGAGGAGUUUCAACGGGUUUGCUGCCCGACUCACUGAGUCAGAAAGAGAACGAGUAGUAGAAAUGGAGGGAGUUGUGUCUGUGUUCCUGAGUAAGAACUUAAAACUCCAAACGACUGCGUCUUGGGACUUCAUGGGGUUAAAGGAAGGAAUAAAGACGAAGAGGAACCCGACCGUGGAAAGUGAUACUAUUAUCGGGGUCAUCGACAGUGGGAUUUGGCCGGAAUCGGAGAGCUUCUUCGGCGAAGGCUUUGGUCCUCCUCCUAAGAAAUGGAAAGGUGUUUGUUCUGGUGGCAGAAACUUCACAUGCAACAACAAGUUGAUUGGUGCAAGAGACUACACAAAGGAAGGAACUAGGGACAGUGGUAGCCACGGUACACACACAGCGUCCACUGCGGCUGGAAACGCAGUCCCAAGCACAAGCUUCUUUGGAAUCGGCAAUGGAACAGUAAGAGGAGGCGUUCCAGUCUCUAGAAUCGCUGCUUAUAAAGUAUGCACCGAGGACGGAUGUACCUCGGAAGCUGUACUGUCUGCUUUCGAUGACGCAAUAGCAGACGGUGUUGACCUCAUCAGCGUCUCCCUCGGAGGAGACAAGCCCUCUAUAUACGAAGAGGAUACGAUUGCGAUCGGGGCUUUUCACGCUAUGGCUAAAGGGAUCCUCACUGUGCAAUCAGCCGGUAACAGCGGUCCUGUAGCAGCCACAGUUUUGAGCGUAGCACCAUGGGGGAAAUCAAUAAAUGCUUUUGAUCUGAAAGGGAAGAUGUAUCCUCUUGUGUAUGAAGAAUCUUCUAAAGAUUCUCUAUUGAAGGGAAAGAUCUUGGUUUCCAGAUUUAGUUCGGAAGUAGCUGUUGCAUCCAUAAGUAGAGACUAUAAAGGCUAUGCAUCCACUGUUACCCCUCGGCCCAUGUCUGCUCUAUCACCAGAUGACUUUGACUCUCUCGUCUCUUACGUUAACUCCACAAAAUCCCCACAAGGCACUGUUCUAAAAACUGAGGCAAUCUUUGAUAAGAAAGCUCCUAAAGUUGCUCCCUUCUCUUCUCGCGGUCCAAACACCAUUGCAGUUGAUCUUCUAAAGGUAUAA